AAUGGUAUAACCCAGUAUGUCACAUUCUCUCGCGAGGUUACCAGUUUAGCAGCAACUUUGAUCGUUAGUUAAAAUAUAAAAAGAAAAAGAAGACACAUUGAAAAAGAGUGUAAUUAGUUUGGUAACUACGCAGUGAUAAUGAUUAAUAACGUUGCCUAUUAAACAAGAAUGCAUAGCUACAUGUAUUAUGUCCCUCACUACAGCUGGUGUCGGUAAGUAGGUUAGCUUGUGUUAGUAAAACGUUUUGUAGAACAAGAGAAGAAGAAACGGGGCAAACAUGGCAGCGUACAUGAGAAGCGUGAUACGUCUUGUUGCCAUUGAGCGAAAAGCUUUUCUAACAAGGGGAAGUAGUGUUAUUGAGGAAUCAAAGCGAUAUGUACGCGGACUAAGGAGGACACCUGUCCGAGUGUUGACGGAGAAAGUCCUCAAGCCACAGUGUCAGCCCGCGGGGCUGAACGUCCCAGCUUCAGACCGAGACUCCGUCAAAGCGAGGGAUCCCAAACCGGCUCCUGGUACUGCUGCUAAGGUCCCAGCUUCAGACCGAGACUCCGUCAAAGAGAGGGAUCCCAAACCGGCUCCUGGUUCGGUUCACUGUUCUAAGGAUCACAUCGAUGGACUGCGCUUCGACAGAGCUUUCCCUGGAGAUAAAAGACUGGCGAGGUUAGUGAGUGUUGCUCGUUCCAGGACAUUUCGGGAGCACCAGGGUAAAAUCCUCCUGGAGGGCAGGCGUUUAAUCUGCGACGCCCUGGAUGCUGGAGCCAACCCACAGAUGGUGUUCUUCAGCACCCUGGAUCGGCUCCGAGAGCUGCCAUUAGACAAGCUGAAGAGGGCCACGCUAGUCAAAGUCAAGUUUGAGGACAUCAAGAUCUGGUCUGACCUCGUGGCCCCACAAGGGGUGAUCGCCAUAUUUUCCCGUCCGGACCCAUCAAGGUUAAACUUUGCCGUUGGAGGUCAUUCAGUGCCCUUGUCCCUGAUAUGCGACAACAUCCGGGACCCUGGCAACCUUGGGACUAUGUUGCGAUGUGCUGCUGCCGCUGGCUGCCACAGUGUCCUGCUCACCAAGGGUUGUGUUGACGCUUGGGAGCCUAAAGUUCUGCGUGCAGCAAUGGGCGCCCAUUUCCGCCUUCCCAUCUAUCCCAGCUUGGGCUGGGAGGAUAUGGAGAAACACCUCCCUAAACCUGUGACCGUCCACGUGGCUGACAGCAGCUGUGCCGCUGACGGAAGUAGAGGAGAAGAGGAUUCACAAGUGAACGCGUCUCACAAAUCGUCCAAAGCGGGAGACUAUGGCUGGGUCAGCACCAGGCCCAAUCAAAACAACGUGCGCUACGAGGAAUACGAUUCUGAUUGGGACUCAGAUCGUGAAGAUGGGGGACUUUCACUUCCUAGAGUGGACUCAAAGCUGUACCAUGAGAGCUGGGCUCGGAGUCCCACUGCUCUUGUAAUAGGUGGAGAGACACACGGUCUGAGCGUAGAAGCGGUCCAGUUGGCGGAGAAAACCGCCGGACACAGGCUCUUCAUUCCUGUCGCUCCUGAUGUGGACAGCUUGAACUCAGCCAUGGCCGCCAGUAUCCUUUUGUUUGAGGGCAGGAAGCAACUGUUGAAACUAAUUCAGACACCUGAAAGGAAAUGGAAGUCUAAAGCGGAGCAGCAAUUUUCAUGACGUUAGCUCUAAAUAUCAGUACGUGACUUCUGGUGUACAUUUGUCCUUGUUACUACAGACUGAACUAAAUUAUUCUACAUCCUGUCCUGCUAAUAAUAAAAUACUGAGGAUUUGUGAAAGGUU